GAAAGCCCGAGCGCGGAGCUGAACUCGGAGGAGCCCGAGCCCUGAGCCGAAGCCGGAGGAACACAAACUCGGACACCGAAUCCGGUGUCCGCCAGCUUUGAGCCAAAGUCGAAGGAACCCGAACUCGGUGCCGAAGCCGGAGGAGCCCGAGAUAACAAGGUGUAGAGCUCUAGGCCCGACAUGUCAGCCUUCCCGCUCCUCUGAUGCUGCUGGGCCUGCUGUGUUCAUCCAGCUUCACACCGUAUUUUCUCGGAUUCUCUAGCAUCUGCAGUUCCCAUUAUCUCUGAUACAGUUCCUGCUGUCUCGGAGGAGCCCGAGCUCCGAGCCGAAGGUUGAGGUGUCUGAGCCCUGAACUGGGCAGAAGUAACCACAAGGAUGUUGACUGUGGGUUUUAAUGAUGGCAUAUACAUCGAAUAUCAAGGGAAACAGGCCAUUCAGCCCUAUCAACUCAUGCCAGCCUUUAUGCUCCAUUCAAGCAUCACAUCCUUCUUCAGUUAUCAGGGUACACCACGUCCACGUGUGUUUGUUUCCUUGUAUUGGUUGCCGGGCAACUGUGUAACAAUCUUCAGGAGGCAGUCUCGGGGGAGUGACGGGUGGGGAAAAGCCUCCACCAGUGAGGAGCCGAGAACCAGAAUGGCCAAAGCCCCGGUCGAGAAGCCGCCAAAGGACAUGGUGCACCAACUGGCAUUUGAUCGUGAGUCGAUCAGGAAAGAACUGCGCUCUCAGAAACUGAACACCACCUUUAAUAUCAACCCCCGCUCCAAAUUUCAUUGUAUAACGGGGAAACCUAAUGUCCGAGAUGUAGAGAUGGAAAGCAAAGAGGACCAGAAUUUAGCAAAAGUACUCCGGCGUAACUUUUUGGAACCACGGAUGAAAUAUACAUUCCCGCAAACAGAAGCACAGGAGAUUGGCUGGAUAACUACUCCACUGAUUGAUACAGAUCCAAAUGAUCGGAGACUGAACUUCCAUCGUCGCAGUAAUGAAAUUACAAAAUUCAUGGCACUUUCAUCAAAAACAACAUAAGGAGAAAAAUGAUAUUAUGGUUGUGUCAAUGCUGCUGGUUAUUAUUUUACCUCAUCCUCUAAAACAUCAGCAAUCAUGGGAGAAGAGGAUUCAUAUAAUUUGAAAUAAAAGGCAAGAUAAAAGUAUUCUCGUGUAGUGGUGAAGAAUAAAGGAUAUAACAAGCCUCAGAAUAAAAAAGGAGUUUUAUUGAAAAAUCAAAUUACUUGGCUACACUGAGUUAGGGUAACCCUUAGUUGAAUGUAGUAGCUUAGUUUGAAACAAACACAGAAGUUAGUUUUAGGUUUCUUAAGGACAGAAUACAAAUCUAGAAGACAGUAUUUCCUAACCUGUAUAGGAUAAGUUUUGAGAUGUUUAUAAAAGCUCUUCAGAGUGUUCCACUUAAACAUGUAAUUUCAGUAAUUUUAAAUAAUGCAACAAAGAGAUUCUUAACAGGGGCUGCUCUCGAGAAAUCAUCGAAAAUGGGCUGGGGGAGUGUAGUCACCUUGCCAUUUCAUUGUUUAAGUUCAGCUCCAGCCUUGUAUUACACCUACCUGUGUGUUUUGUUUUUAAUCCUUUAUUCAUUUACAGGAUGAGGGUAUUACUGGCUAGACAGCAUUUAUUGCCCAUCCCUAAUUUCCUAGAGGGCAGUUCAGAGUCAAUCACAUUGCUGUGGGUUUGCAGUCACAUGCAGGCCAGACCAGACCAGGUAAAGAUGGCAGUUUUCUUCCCCAAAAAGGACAUCAGUGAGUCAGAUGAGUUUUUCCUGACAAUGAACAAUGGAUUCAAAGUCAUCAUUAGAUUCUUAAUUCCCAAUACCAACCUCUGAGGAACUCCACCACAAAUCAUCCUCCAGUCUAAAAGCUACCAGUCCUGUUUCUAAUCUGUGAUCCAAUUUCAUAUCAACAUUGUUCUUGUUGCUUUUAUUGUGCCAGACACAACUUUUUUCUCAAUUGUGGCAAGCUACUUAGACACAACUUUCUCUGAAAAAGAUCCCUGCUGGCACUUCUGAAUUAACUUAUAUUUUGCCAUGUGACCAUUAGUCCUAUCCCUGAUAAUUGUUUCUUCAAGUUGCCCCAUCACUGAAAUUAAAGUGUCUGGCUAGCAGAGCUUAUCUCUGCUACCUUUUUUGAAUAAGGAGGUAAAAAGCCUCAUCCGUGAAAUGGCACAAAUCUUGGCAGACUUUUUACUUUCAAUAUUAAGCAAAACAGUAUAGUAUGGUCUUCAGAUUAAGGCUGCACUCAAAAUUUGAGCAGGGAAAAUUUCCAUGAUUCUGAAGUGCUACUUUACAUUUUCUGUUACAGUCAUAAGCCCAGUUACACUCUAUUGUUUCUCCACAUGAUUGGUAACAGUAUUCAUCCAAAGAUCUGGUGUUACGCAUGGGAUUCAUAACUUGAGUUUGACAUUUUUAACAAAAUAUUAAAUAACAUACUGGAUUCAUCUCUAAAUCUUCAAUUGAUAACUCUAUGGUUUUACUCUACCAUCUCUUGUAUUGACAGACAUCUAUUUCUCUCCAAUAUUUCAUCUCAACUGUUUUGUUUUUAAAUUGGUGGGUUUUUUUUAAAAACUUAAAUCUGGUUUUCAUAAAUGAACAAUUUUGUGACUGACAGAUUUUCCCAAAUAAUUAAUACUUUAGUUAACUCAGAUCCAACAUCGCAGAGAUAAAAAUCCCUUCUAAAUCAACAUUGUAAAGAAAAAAAAAUCACUUGCCACAUUUAAAGCUGUUACUCUUUGAUAUAAAAUUUGUUGAAGUUCUAAGUGUUUCAA